UCCCGGGGCCGGAUGCGGUGGCGGGGGGGGCCCGGGGGGGCCGGGCCGGUACAAGAAGCGCGGCGGGGCCGUCCCGGCGCACUCGGGGCGCGGCCGCCAUGGAGGAGGCGCAGCGGCUGCUGGCGGUGUCGGUGUGGAAGCUUUACCGGUGCCGCCUGCGGCGGGGCGGCCUCCGCCUGCACCGGAGCCUGCAGCUCUCGCUGCUCGUCCGCGCCGCCCGCCACCGCUACCUGAGCGCCCGCGCCGCCGCCGAGACCCUCCCGGAGACCCCCGCGCCGUGCGGAGCGACCCCCGAACCGGGGGACCCCCCGAGCGGGGACCCCCGCGCCGCCCGGGGCGCCAACGAACCGACCGCGGAGCGCCCGGAGCCACCGAGCCCCAGAAGCGACCGGACAUGGGGGAGCCCCCGAAGGGACUGCACCGGGGACCCCCCGGAUCUACCGAGCGGAGCGCCCCGCACUGACCGGGACCGGGGAUGCCCCCCCUGCCCACCGGCCGAGGGUCCCCCGAGCCCCCCAACCGGGGCCAGCCCGGCCCCACGGACCGCGGAGCCGCCUCCCGCCCCGGACCCCGCGAACCGGGACCCCCCGAGCGCGGCCGGAGCCCCCCGGGCCGGGCAGAAGCGGCGCAGCAGCGGCUCGGAGGGGCCGGCACCGGGGCCGGUACCGAGCAAACGGGCGCGGCUGGAGGCGGAGGCGCCGCCGCUGCCCCCGGGGCCGCCCGGGCGCUGCUCGGGGCCGCCCGCAGCCGCCUUCGGCUUCCUGGUCCGCGCCGUGGGGGCGUGCUGAGCCCGCCGGGACCCCCGGACACACGGACAUUAACGGGGAUCCCCCCCCGGACACACGGACAUUAACGGGGAUCCCCCCCCGGACACACGGACCCGGUUCUGGAACACCCCGGGACACCCGGACAUUAACGGGGAUCCCCCCCCGGACACACGGACAUUAACGGGAAUCCCCCCCCGGACACACGGACAUUAACGGGGAUCCCCUCGGACACCCGGACAUUAACGGGGAUCCCCCCCCGGACACUCGGACAUUAACGGGGAUCCCGCCGGACACUCGGACAUUAACGGGAAUCCCCCCCCGGACACACGGACAUUAACGGGAAUCCCCCCCGGACACACGGACAUUAACGGGGAUCCCCCCCGGACACCCGGACAUUAACGGGGAUCCCCUCGGACACACGGACAUUAACGGGGAUCCCCCCGGACACGCGGAACCGGUUCUGGAACCCCCCGGGACACGCGGAACUGGAACGGGGAUCCCCGAACUGGUGCGGGUACCCCCCGAUGGACCGGAACGGGGCCGUGACGGCUCCCGGGGCUCCCGGGGGGCGUUCGCGAGCUUGGGGGGGGCUCCAGGCUGGACCUGUCCUCACGCCCCCCCUUUUAAUUUUGCUUAAUUAUUAUUUUGUUAAUCCAAUAAAAAUGGGUUUCGUGCA